AUGAGAUGUCCAAUUGCAUCUAAGAAAGCCCACAAUUUAUGUGCACAAGAGGCUGCAAGGGCUUAUGACAGAGCUGCUUUUUCCAUGAGGGGUCCUCUUGCAAUUCUCAAUUUUCCAAGUGAAUAUGGUUUGCCUGAAGUUGAUCAUUCUACUUCUGCUGCUUCUUCUUCUUCUUCUUCUUCUUCUUCUUCAUCUUCUUCGGUCAUCCCAAUCUUUGAGUUUGAGUAUUUAGAUGACAGUGUGUUAGAGGACCUUCUUGAUUUUGACAACAAAAGCAAGAGUGAGUGA